AUGGAAGUCGAGAAAAAAAGAAUCGAAAUCCUCAACGACGCCGGGUUCCGUUCAGACGGUCGAAGGCAGUAUGAGCUGCGCGACUUGAGCAUCGAUCUGUCGAGACAUGGCGAAGCGGAUGGGUCUGCGCUUAUCUCCCAUGGCUUGACCCAGGUUUUGGUGUCUGUUCAUGGACCUAGAGAAGCCAAGAUGCGGUCGCAUACUUUCCAUGAUAGGGCGAAUAUCAAUGUGGAGGUUACGGUUGCGUCGUUUAGUACUGGUGAGAGGAGGAAGAGGUUGAAAGGCGACAAGCGAAUCCUAGAAUUCGCAGCAACCAUAAAAUCAACCUUCGAACCCGUAGUCCGCACCUCCCUCUACCCACGCUCCCAAAUCGACAUCUACAUUCAAAUCCUGCAACAAGACGGCGGAACCCUCCAAACCUGCAUAAACGGCACCACCCUUGCACUAAUCAACGCCGGCAUCCCCAUGUCCGACUUUGUCUGCGCCAUCAGCGGCGGCGUGCACUCCACCUCGCCCAUGCUCGACCUCACCACCCUCGAGGAGAACGACGUCCCGCACGUAACGGUCGCUGUGAUGCCCAAGUCGAAGAAGGUGGUCCUGGUGACGAUGGAGACGAGGUUGCAUGUGGAGAGGUUUGAGGAGGUGUUGUGUUUGGCGAGGGAUGCGGCUGCGGUGCUGCAUAAGGAGAUGAAGGAGGCGGUUUUGGGGAGGUCGGAGGGGUUGAUUAAGAUGGGGGAGGUUGCGAUUGGACAGAAGGGGAGGGGAGAGGAUGAUAUGGUGUUGGAUUCGUAGAGUUCGUCGGGUUGAGAUUACCUUGGUCGUCCAUCCUUCGACUAACUUUCCAAGUCACUUUCCAUGGCUCGAAGGCACAAAAGGUCCUGCUCUCCAGGUCUCAUAAUCCGUUGUAUAAAUACAUA